CCAGACCUCCACCUCUCUAUGGCGCGCCUGCUCCUCUUCCCAUCCCAAGCGUGCGUCGAUCCUGGCCGCCACCUCCUCCUCCACCCGCCGGUCUCCAGGCCCCGUGCUGUCCGGUCUGGGCCUCCUCCCGCCGCGCCACGCCGCACCGGGGUCGUCUCUCUUCCCGGCCGUUGCCCACCGCCCCUUUGCUGGAACCACCAUCCAUUUCUUCCUUGCAGAUCAUCAAAGAGAGGAUGGGUCGUUUUUGCUUCAGAAAACGUACAAGAAAUUUCUUCUCACCUUCCUCGCAAGGAUGAAAGGAGAAGUGGGAAUUUGCUUCUGCGAUUCAGUGCACUCCCAUAUUGCACUAUGGCUUGGUUGAGCACUGCUCAAUUAGCACAAUCUAGUGUUGGGGAAAAGCUAAAUAUGGUUUAUGAGGUCGGGGAGCUGUUUGAGCUGGGAAUUCAGCUGUCUUAUCUGCUCAUACUUAUUGGACUGCUUGGAGCUGGUACAUUUUUUGUUAUCCGUCAGGUUCUUGUUCGUAGGGAGCUUGAUCUUUCUGCCAAAGAGUUGCAAGAACAAGUGAGAAGCGGUGAUGCAAGUGCUACUGAGUAUUUUGAGCUUGGAGCAGUCAUGCUACGGAGAAAAUUUUAUCCAGCUGCUAUCAAAUAUCUGCAGCAAGCAAUUGACAAAUGGGACAGAGACGAGCAAGAUCUUGCGCAGGUCUACAAUGCCCUGGGGGUCAGCUACAAGCGAGAGAACAAACUUGACAAGGCGAUUCAGCAGUUUCAGAAGGCCGUGGAGCUCCAGCCAGGCUAUGUGACAGCUUGGAACAACCUGGGUGACGCAUAUGAGCAGCAGAAGGACCUGAAAUCGGCUCUCAAGGCCUUCGAGGAGGUCCUCCUCUUUGAUCCCAACAACAAGGUUGCAAGGCCACGCGUCGAUGACCUCAGGCCGCGCGUGAGCAUGUACAAGGGUGUGCCUGUAAAAUCCGAAAAGCGAUAGCUAUUCUUUUUUGGUGGUAAAUCAUGCAUCUGUCUAGUCCCCAGAAUAGCGGUUGUUUAUUUUUGAACGGUAGCAUUUGUAAACAUGAUGAGAUGUGUAGUAGCAUUGGAAAGGUCCCUGAAAAAGGGCGGAUGC